AUGGAACCCAAUGCAGACAUUGUUGCUGUAUUUGGACCGCCGCCGGACGGUAUCGACAUUGCUGAAAGCAGCAUCGCGCAAAACAAUGCUGCAGUCAUUGUUCUCGCAGUCCUCGCUUCUGCGGCUGUGGCUUUGAGAAUUCUGUCCAGGAUUCUUCAAGGGCAUGAUUUGAAGGCCGAUGACUGGGCUAUCGUUGGGUCUUUGCUCCUCGUCGGCGCGACGGUCGGCCUUAGCAUCGCCGGCGGUACAUAUGGCGCCGGCAACCAUAUCUGGUCCUUCACGCUCCCUGGUCUUACGAAGGUCUUCCAGAUUCUGUACGCCUACACUUUUGUUUAUGGCACCGCCUGCGCCGCUACUAAGAUCUCCAUCCUCCUUUUUUACCAGCGUGUCUUCAUCUCAAGAGUGCCCUCCUUCAGAUUGUCGUUGAUUACGGGCUACUUCCUCUCCAUUGCCUAUCCGAUCGUCAUUUGGGGAACUAUGGGCAACGCUUGCAAACCCUUGCACUUUUACUGGGACCAAUUCGUUGGAGCGCAAGGGACAUGCAUCGACCUGAACACAUUCUACCUCGCCCUUGGUAUCAUCAACAUGAUCAACGACAUCAUAGUUCUACUCCUUCCGAUACCACAAAUUUUGAAAUUGCAGAUGUCGGGGAGAAAGAAGCUGGCUGUAUGCAGCAUCAUGCUUCUGGGUAGCUUUGUUUGCGUCGCCAGUGUUGUUCGAAUCUGGUACCUCGACAAGUUCUCCAAGUCCUCGGACGUUACCUGGAUGAUGGGCCCCGUGUUCAUCUGGUCUGCAAUCGAACCGUCAGUUGCAAUAGUAUCUGCUUGCCUUCCCCACCUGGCACCUUUGCGACAUCUCGUCCGCCACAAGAUAUCGUCUAGUCAACGGAGUAAUGGCCAGUCCGGCCCAUCAUCAGCCAGUGCACCAUGGAGAUCGGGAAAGGGGGGAACAGGGGGUAACUCGCAAAAAGGAGCUGGUGCACUUUUCACGUAUGGAGGUUCGAGAUUCAAUUUUGGCAGUGGUGGAGAUGGUAGAGUGAAGCUUGACGAAGAGGGAGACGAGAUAGGUCUCACAAACAGAAUAACGGCGGGAGACGGUGUCGGGAAGAGUAUGUCUGCCGCUUCGGGGUCAGAUGAGAACAUCAACGGACGGUCCAUUGUAGUUCAAUCUAGUUUUGUACAGGAAAGUCUGAGAACUCGAUAG